CGUCACAGCUUCACUUGUGCAGCAUCAACCACCUUCACUCAACACGCACCGACUCGCUCUGCUGCUACCAUGGCCAACGACGAAUAUGAUUUCCUCUUCAAAGUUGUCUUGAUUGGAGACUCUGGAGUCGGAAAGUCCAAUCUUCUCAGCCGAUUCACUCGCAACGAAUUCAAUCUCGACUCCAAGUCGACUAUCGGUGUCGAGUUUGCCACUAGAUCGAUCCAGGUCGACUCCAAGACUAUCAAGGCGCAGAUUUGGGAUACAGCUGGUCAGGAGCGUUACCGUGCCAUUACUUCCGCAUACUACCGAGGUGCAGUUGGCGCCCUUCUCGUCUACGACAUCAGCAAGCACCAAACCUACGAGAAUGUCACGAGAUGGCUGAAGGAGCUUCGGGACCAUGCCGAUGCAAACAUUGUCAUCAUGCUGGUUGGCAACAAGAGCGAUUUGAGACACCUGAGGGCUGUGCCUACGGAUGAGGCCAAGGGAUUUGCUAGCGAGAACCAUCUUUCUUUCAUCGAGACAUCCGCCCUCGACGCCAGCAACGUUGAGCUUGCUUUCCAGAAUAUCCUGACUGAGAUCUACCGAAUUGUAUCCAGCAAGGCACUCGACAGUGGUGACGGUGCCCAAGCCACCAUUGGUGCUGGCACUAAUAUCUCACUCAGUAAGGCAGCCGACGAUGAGGCUUCCAAGGGUGGCAAGUGCUGCUAAGUUAGUUAUGAUGAUGCCAACGACAUGUGGGGAAAUGGGAAAUAUUUUAGUCGCAUGUUUCGAAAAUGUACGUCGCAUACCGAAAGACUUCGACACUGUGUCGAGGAAAUGAGGAGGAGGCCUGAUGCUUCCUUUUGUUUCUCAAUUUAGAAGGGCGCAGACACUUUUGACUUUCUGUUGUUUCUGUUUGUCGCGAUGGGGUUUUCUGGGCUGAUCUAUCCGGUGACGGCUACGAAGCCUCAUCUUACGUAGCUACAUGAACUCUUAAUGAAAUGAUUCGUUUUUUCAG